AGAAUACUUAAUUAAUAUUUAGCUACUUACACUAAAAUGUUAAUAAUAUUAUUAAGUCUAUUUGUCGCUCUGUUUAUUGGGCACGGGUCAUGCCAGGCAUCAUUGUGCGACGGUACAGGAAGAUAUACGUGUUCGGACGGAGUUUGCAUAUCAAGAGCUAGACUUUGCAAUGGAGUAGCAGACUGCCUUCGGGGGGAGGAUGAAUCGAAUUGUGCAGCGUCCACCUGCCAAAGAAAUGAUACUUGGUGGUUUACAAAUGGAUACAUCUGCAAGCAAGGUUGUGGAUCGACUCGAGAAUGCCUAUUGCGACUGAAGCAAUGUGUAUGCGAUGAUGAGUGUGGAAUGAGUUGCAUCAAUCCGAAAUCAAUAUGUAAAGAUGAACCACCAACUGUUGAACACGCUGUUUACCGGAAUAUCAGGCGAACCAUUUUAACUGCAAACGGUUUCAAGCUUCUAGAAAUUGUCAAUCUAGUAAGACCUCCUUACUACUUGUGGGAUAUGAUAACUUACACAUGCGAACGUGGACGACGUUUAGUUGGUCCUUUGCCGAGAUGCAAUGGGCAUCGACGUUGGAGCAAUGAGCUUCCAGAGUGCGUAGAAAUUACAUGUCCGGGUCCUAUCCCAGAUGUAAGUCAUUCAACAUACCAUCAAAUUUUGAGACCGUAUGGAGGAAGAAAGUCGCCAGUUUCUAAUUGGCCAUUCCCACUUGUGAAUGACGUGGUUGAAUACACAUGCGAAGAAGGAUUUUUGCUCACGGGCAAACCUCCAAAAUGUCAGGAUAUUACCAAUAUAACAGCCUGUAGGCAUUGUCAAGAAGGUGCCAGUCUAAACGAAUUAGUUGGACUCUCAUCGAAAGGUGGGGAAAACUACAUUUAUAUAGAAGAUUUUUAUCAAAUUCAGAGUUACCUCGAUGGAAUUACCGAUUUAAAAUUUGAUUUUGCAAAAUGCGGCCAAGCUGGUGAUGUCGGAAGCAUAAAACAACGAGCUAGAUCACGUAGAUCAACCGGUGGAGAAGAUGCAGCUGAAAAUGCUUGGCCCUGGCAAGCUUUAAUUACCGUAAAAUCAGCAACACCGGAGAGGACUUUACAGAAGGGUCGAAUGUUGGGCGCAGGUUCAAUUUUGAAUAAAAAAUGGAUAUUAACGGCAGCUCAUGUACUUAAUGAUGCAUGGAUGUACCCUGAAUGGUUGGAGCAAUAUGUGGUGUCUGUGGAAAAACUACUCCUUGACAAUGACGCAAAAGUUGUCUUAACUGGAUUCGGACAUAUGGAUAGCAGCGUAUGUCCUAUAACUCGACGAACGUUCAACCCAUCCAAAAAUCUUCGACAAGCUUUACUACAAAUCGAAAGACAACGAACCUGUGAACAAAGGGCAGACGAAAUAAGACUUAACGAAGACCUCGAAACUUUCACGUUUACAGACAAUAUGUUUUGUUGCAAAUCUGGAGAUUCAAAUAAAAUAAUUGGUUCCAGUAGAGGAGAUGACGGAGGACCUGUAGUGAGAGAAGUGAAAAGUGUUCAGACUGGAGAUUCAUGUUGGGUCCAAGUAGGAAUAGUAAGCUUUGAAUAUGAAUGUAAUUUAAACUGUCCGGGAUAUUACACAAAUGUUGCAAGAUACAUUCCUUGGAUUCAAUCAAAAACUGAAGCAUAA